AUGAAUGAACGUCGAAGAAAGUCAUACAUUUUUUUAUCGUUUCCUUAUAGAAUGAUGUCUUCCAAGCAAGUCACACCUCCGUUUCCCCCAGCGACAGAGGAAGAGGAUGCAAUGGGUGAGGACAAUGUGGGCUGGGCAAAUGAGGACAGAGAAAGCCAGGACCAGCCGUCCAUGCCCGCUCUGCACGGCAAACCCCUCCCAGAGGAGUACCAGCCAAUCAGAGACAGCCAGCCUGAGUCAGUAUGGGAGAGAAUAGGCUCUACUCAGACGGUGAGACACACGGACUCACACACACACACACACACUUCAUCAGAUUGACACUGUCACUGAUCCCCAUUACAGAGGAAUCUUCCUCUUUAAGACAAAUGCCUCUUGGAACAGUUUCAAGGACGUCUUUAGAUGUCUCUGUUAGCCAAAGCCCCUUGUGUUUGUAACAUAAGCCAUCUCAAGUUCUUGGAGAUCCCCCCCACUCUGUAAGAGGAGGAGACAACAUUCAGAAAUAAAAAACCUCUGGUCAGGCCACCUGUGCUAGAGUGUGUGCUGAGGGACAAUGUCGGUUCACUAUUCAAAACAGUUUGUCUGCGUCCCAAAUGACACCUUAUUCUCUAUAUAGUGCACUACUGUCCUCAAAUUGAAUACAUUUUGAUUUGAUUUGAUUUUUGACAACGGCCCAUAGGGCUCUGGUAAAAAGUAGUGGAUUAUAUGGAAUAGGGUGCCAUUUGGGACACAUUCUAUCACUGUGCUACAGUAUUACUUGCCCAUGAAUGCCCUUUGACCUAUGAUGUCAUAAGUAUACAGAUGUAGGAUUUUAAUUGGAUCUCCCUGUUUCAGGAGAACGUUCCUGCAAUGCAGGAAAUGUAAAUCUUGUAGUAUAUUUGAGGUUUAAAAAGGCUUCUGAAGUUUGUCAUUUCCACUUUGAAAUUUCAGACUUUGAUUUUCUCUUAUGAAAAAUGAUUCAACCCCUUACAAUAAUGUCCAUUAAUUACAAUCCACAUAAUAAUUAACAUUUCCUGUAGCUGCGGGAUUAUUUUCCUGCCAUAGCAAACUGGCUCAAAUUAAGAUCCUACAUCUGUAGCACCUAACUUCAUAAUAAUAGCUAAAAGACUACAAAUAAAUGUAGUUCUGGACUGAGAGACUGUUAGCACAAGGCAGAUAUGUUAGCUGAUGGAAGGAAGAUGUAAGUUGCCUUUAUUUAAUGUCACAAAAAGUCCUACAAAAAACAUGGCUCAUUCACUCGCCCCAAAUGGCCAUAGUCAGUCCUGUGGGAUUUUGCUUUGCUGUACGGUCAGAGUUGGCUCUUUUUAACCUGAAAAGCACAGCUAUCUCCAUGCAUGACAGGUGUGUACCUCUUACCCUUGCCCCACAGGCUAUGACCUGUGGCAUUCUUCUGUAUUGAGUUUAAUUUGUCGAUCACAAGAUGGAGGGAGUGGAUAUCUGUAACCGUGUUCUUGGUACAGGCCCAAAAGGGGACUGCCUUUGUAGCAAAACCCAUGAGUUAUGGACUUGUCCCAAAUUGCACCGUAUUCCCUAUAUAGUGCACUACUUUUGACUAAAGGCCCUAUGGGUAGUGCACUACAUAGGGAAAAGGAAGCCAUUUGGGAUGCAGAUAUCAACUUGGCCUUUCCCCACUGCCGUGCCAAGGUGUCAUACUCUGGCUGCCAAUACAGGAGUCUAGAUUCUGCUGUAAGAUGAUUUAAACAACAACACCCACAGCAGCAACAACCACAAACAUUAGUCAAUAGAGAGGUGGUGAAAAGUAAAAAGUAAAAAGCAGUUAUAGAAAUAGGGAUUGUAGUUGAAGAUACACUUUACUUUGUGGUGAGUUAGUUAUUAGUUGACGUAAUGUCCAGUAAUAAUUAGUUGAAGUAAUGGCCAUAAAAGCUAAAAAAAAAAAAAAAAAAGUCAUAGUAAUUCCAAACCCCCCUGUUGUAUUUGUUCCUACAGGACAAUAGUAGCAGCAAGGGCUGUUCCUUGUACUCCUACCGGAAUAACUCUCCACCAAAGCCUGAGGAGUGUUCCCGGGAGCGGGGCGAGCAGCUAGGCGGAUCUGCCUUUGGAACACCGGAGCGCCGCAAAGGAAGCCUGGCCGACGUGGUGGACACACUGAAACAGAAGAAACUGGUGGAGCUGACAAAGACAGAGCAGGACGGUAGGAGAAGGCCUAUACCCCCUGUGUGUGUACGUGUGUGUGCUCGCCUGUACAUGGACAUGUUUAACUAUACUUGAAGACCAGAAGUCCCCACAAGAAUAGUAAGCAAACAAAAAUUUCACCAAUUGGGGACAUUUUGUCGGUCCCCACAAGGAAAAAAGGUAUUGUGUUAGGGUUAGAAUGUUAUGCUUAGAAUUAGGGUUAGGUUUAGGGUUUUAAAGGUUAGGGUUAGGAGUUAGGUUUAGGGUUAGGGUUAGGGUUAAGGUUAGGUUUUGGGGUAAGGGUUAGGGUUAGAGUUAGGUUAGCGGUUAGGGAAAAUAGGAUUUUGAAUGGGAAUCAAUUGUGUGUCCCACAAAGUUAGUUAAACAAGACUGUGUGUGUGCAAGCUCUCCUGUAUCAAAUCAAAUCAAAUUGUAUUGGUCACAUACAUGUGUUUAGCAGAUGUUAUUGCGGGUGUAGCAAAAUUAUUGUGUUUCUAGCUCCGACAGUGCAGUAAUAUCUAACAAUUUCACAACAUAUAUCCAAUACACACAAAUCUAUAAAGCAAUGGAAUUAAGAAUAUAUAAAUAUAUGGACAAGCAAGCGGCAUAGACUAAGAUACAGUAGAAUAGUAUAGAGUACAGUAUAUACAUAUGAGAUGAGUAAUGCAAGAUAUGUAAACAUUAUUAAAGUGACUAGUGUUCCAUUUAUUAAAGUGGCUAGUGAAGGCUAUUUAACAGUAUGAUGGCCUUGAGAUACAAGCUGUUUUUCAUUCUCUCGGUCCGAGCUUUGAUGCACCUGUACUGACCUUGCCUUCUGGAUGAUAAUGGGGUGAACAGGCAGUGGCUCGGGUGCUGUAGGUGUCCUGGAAGGCGGGUAGUUUGCCCCCGGUGAUGCAUUGGGUAGACCAUACCACCAUCUGGAGAGCCCUGCGGUUGCGGGCGGUGCAGGUGCCGUACCAGGCGGUGAUACAGCCCGACAGGAUGCUCUCAACACUGUCUGUGUGGGUGGACCAUUUCAGUUUGUCAGUGAUGUGUACGCCGAGGAACUUGAAGCUUUCCACCUUCUCCACUGCUGUCCCGUCGAUGGUGGAUAGGGGGGUACUCCCUCUGCUGUUUCCUGAAGUCCACGAUCAUCUCCUUUGUUUUGUUGACGUUGAGUGAGAGGUCAUUUUCCUGGCACCACACUCCCAGAGCCCUCACCUCCUCCCUGUAGGCUGUCUCGUCAUUGUUGGUAAUCAAGCCUACUACUGUUUUGUCGUCUGCAAACUUGAUGAUUGAGUUCGAGGCGUGCUUGGCCACGCAGUCAUGGGUGAACAGGUAGUACAGGAGGGGGCUGAGCACGCACCCUUCUGGGGCACCAGUGUUGAGGAUCAGCGAAGUGGAGAUGUUGUUUCCUACCUUCACCACCUGGGGGCGGCCCGUCAGGAAGUCCAGGACCCAGUUGCACAGGGCGGGGUUCAGACCCAGGGCCCCGAGCUUAAUGAUGAGCUUGGAGGGUACUAUGGUGUUGAAUGCUGAGCUAUAGUCAAUGAACAGCAUUCUUACAUAGGUAUUCCUCUUGUCCAGAUGGGAUAGGGCAGUGUGCAGUGUGAUGGCGAUUGCAUCGUCUGUGGAUCUAAGUGCGUGCUGAUGUACAUAUGUAUGCGUACAGCGUGCGUACAGUAUGUUUAGCUUUUCCUUUGUGUCUAUGUCCUCUUCAGAGGAACUUUGAACCAUUCAAUUACAAGUGACAGAUCCCCCACCCAUAGAUCAUAGAUCUGUGAGAAGUGAAAUCACUAAUUUCCCUUUUCUCCCCCUCAGAUCUGGCUCCUCACAUCAGGCCAGUGGUUGACUCCCACUGCAUGCCCCUGCAUGCUCCUGUACCCCACAGCUAUGGAGAUCUUACAUCUCUCUGUACUGCUAUGCUACACAUGGUAAUUGUCGUGAUAUCAGAGGCCCCACUGAUCUAUCGUCUUAAUGCAUCACUUUGUUAUUGAUAUGGUACAGUGUAGAGUAGUGAUCUCUAGAGCCAGAUAGCCAAAGGCAUCACAGCUACAUCACAGAAUUCACUGUACUGUAGAUAGUCUUUGGUUUACUGUGAGUGAGCCACAUUCUGUCUGUUUGUGGGUGUGUGUGGGUGUGUGUGUGUGCGUGCGCGUUCAGCAUACCAUUAUAUCACUAUUGUGUCAUCCUCCUGUCUAACAGAAGGGAUGUACAUCAAUGCUAAGGCAGGGAGACAAAGCACACAGAGCUGAGAGUGUCUUGAAGCAGUGUCAGCAUUCCCUCAUCUGUUUUUUGUCAAUUUGUUUGUCUACAUUUUUUACUCCCAUAAAGGGGAUACAUUUGACUGACGUGCCCCUCUUGGCCAGGUCUCCCUUGGGUAAGAGGUCUUCUGACCUCACUGUGAAUAAGGUUAAAUACAGGUUAAAUAUAGAUAUUUUUUAUAAUAUAAAUAGUAUUUAACAGAAUUCAUAGGUAUACAAUUAUAUUAAUUCAUAUCAUCAAAACGCUCAUAUACUGUAACUUCCCAAAUUACCCUCUGUUCUGUUCCUAUACAUGCUUUAAUGGCCAUGGUGAAAUGUACAGUAACGGUACGUUGUUAACAAAAAAAAAAAAAUCCACUCCUAAUUAGUAGGACUGGAGUCCCCAAGGACCCACCAGUCGCAUUGAUCGUACUGGGAGCACUUAACCAAAGCAGAAGGAAUUAGACAAACCCAAACACUGCAGUGUAGAUUAGGAUUCAUCCAUCCAUCUAUUUUAACCAUCCGUCUAUUCAUCCAUCCAUUGGCUACAAGUAACAUCUCUCCGUUUUUAGCUCCCUAUUUGAAGUCUAAGAUCAUGAUGAAAUGAAUUACAGUUACAGCGAUGAUUCCUAAUUGCACUUUACUCUAACCGUUAGAAUUUCAGUCCUUCACUCGUUGUGUAUUAAAUAUUGUUGAUGAUGCGUUUCAUUUACGUUUUUGGCAUUUGACCCUGCCCAGUUGGGUUCAUUUUAUGUCAUGUGUUUGGCUUUAAGAGAGCAGGAGAUCAGUAAACCACUAAGGCUGAGAGACUUCUACAUUCAUGCAUUGAUUGGCUCUGCGAACAUCUCUCCACAAAUUCGAAUGCAGCCAUAAACGUAUACUGUAGAUCCAGAUUGAUGUGGAUUGAAGUGCUGCUACGUCUCUUCACAGAAACCCAUCUCUAAAACGACUGUACCUUGUUUCCUUUUUUCUUCCUUUAUCUUCCUUUUUCUUUUUUGAAGGGUUCACUUUUUAAGAACACUCGGCAUUUCAUAAUUUUAGGCACCUACGUUUUUGGCAUUCUUCUCCCACUCAGAGCGUUUUAUCUGACAUUUUCUAAAUUCUGACCCAUUCCCCUUGACCUGUUUUGCGAUUAUUCGUAAAAAAAAUAUUAAGGUCAUUACUUUUGUAGCUAUGCUUCUAUUUUGGUUUUAAAUUGUUUCGAUUUAUGAAGAAGUAACAUACGCCUUGUUAAUUUUGCUAUGGACAUUGCCUUAUUCAUACAGGUUUCUAAAGACAGAGAACAAGGGAGUCUUUAUAGCUGGGUGUGUAGAGGCAUCAUUGUAAAAAGGCAGAUGUGGUAGGGUAGAGUGGGGUAAGUUGAGCCAUCCUUGUUUCUCGGAAACCAUAGACAAAAGUAAUCAUUUGACAAAAUAUUUAGGAAGAGGUCAUUAUUUCAUGGAGUAUGUGAAUGGAAGAAACCACAUGGAAAAAAGUGGUAAGCAAGUUAGCUCCAAAAAACAGAUUUUCACCAUGUCAAAUGAAUAUAUUGUGUUAGAGGUUUCAUGAUGCUUGUAUCUAAUUUAAUAAUUUAAAGAUUUUAUACGUCAGUUGGGGUCUCUAUAAGCUUCAAUAUGAGGUCCUAAACCUAGUUUGAAAGUGCAUACUUGUAGCUGUGUGGGCUAAUAUAGUCAAAAUGUUUGCCUUGCUGGGUUGCAGGCGUUGGGUCACUUAGCUGGGUUGUUUUCUUUGCUGGGUUAUUGAUGCUGGGUGUUGGGUUAUUGGUGCUUGGUUAUUAAGAUAUGACCCAGCGGGUCAGGUCAGAAGACUGGAGUUGUAGUUUUGUAGGGGCGUGGCUUUCAGAUAGUUAUUUUUAGCCACCCAUUGGAGUAUAUGCCAUUCCUGUUAAUCUGUUUAGUUGCAUAGUUAUCACAUAUUAAGGUCGAACAUUUAUAUUUUUGUAGCUUCGAUGACAUAUACAGAAAUGUAUGAAUUUUCUAAAAGCCUAUGUAAAUCCCAUUGUUGGGAUAUAAUAAGGUGGUAUACCUUAUUAGGCAAUAAAAUGGUAUACCUUAUUAUAAUAUGUAAUAAAUAAUCUUAAUAUUAUAGAAAUUUGAAUUUGCAGUAUGAAAACUUAACAUGAUGAACAGGAAUGACAUUUAAUCUCACAGGUGGCCAAUAAGAUAACUUUAGGAUUAUGUUCAAAAAGACCCAGCUGCUAGGUCAACCCAUUAUGAGAGUGAAAAAUACCCAACUGAAGGUUAAAUUAACCAAUGUUUGGGUAAUCCCAACAAAACAACAUGUUGGGUUAUUCAUGCAACCCAACUGGCUAGGUCAAAAUAACCCAACAUGUGUUCUGUCCACUAUUUAACCAGCUCUGGGUUACCAAAUUAUUUUUUGCCAAUUGUUUUUUUUUCGUUUGGGGGGAAAUUGAGCCAAUGGUUGAGCCAAUAGCAAGUUGAGCAAAUGUAAGUGUUUUCUUCCCAGGCGUAAUGCAAGGCAUUAUCGCUGGAAUAUGAGGUAACAACAGGGCCUGGCCUAUGUUAAAAGUGUUAAAAAAAGUACAAAGUGUUUGUAAGGUGUUAAGCCUGUGUUAAAAGAUGAUUAAAAUGAUUAAAAGACAAAAAAGUGAUUGCGAUUGCGUUGAAUUGUGUUUGCGAAAUAAAGAUAGACAUGGUUUUAAAAAGGUCGUUGUAAUAGUUAAUUCAGUACAGACAUUUGUAGGCGGCUUAACUUACCCUGUCCCAUGGCUCAACUUACCCCAUAAAUUGGACAAGCUAUAUAUUCUGAUUAUUUUUAGGGAUACACAACAUCCUGAAAUAUAUGUAGUUAUCCUUGUUAGAAAGAAUACUAUAUUUCCCUUGACUGACUGAUGCUGAAUGUAAAAAAGGCUGAACUUACCCCACUCUCACCUAGUGCUGUACCAAUUAAACAACUUUUAGCACCACAGAACUGUGUAUUACUGGAAGGUUUUCAAAUUAAAUCAAAUCAAAUGUUAUUUGUCACACGCGCGGAAUACAACAGGUGUAGACCUUACCGUGAAAUGCUUACUUACAAGCCCUUAACCAACAAUGCAGUUCAAGAAAUAGAGUCAAUAAAAUAUUUACUAAAUAAAAUGAAGUACAAAAUAAAAUAUAAAGUAACACAAUAAAAUUACAUAACAAUAAUGAGGCUAUAUACAGGGGGUACCAGUACCAAGUCAAUGUGCAGGGGUACAGGUUAGUCGAGGUAAUUUGUACAUGUAGGUAAGGGUAAAGUGACUAUGCAUAGAUAAUAAACAGUGAGUAGCAGCAGUAGUGUAAAAACAAAGGGGGGGAGGUCAAUGUAAAGGAAGGCGGAGGAGGAAGGAAGGCCCUCAAAAUUGUCAAAGACUCCAGCCACCCUAGUCAUAGACUGUUCUCUCUGCUACCGCAUGGCAAGUGGUACCGGAGUGCCAAGUCUAGGUCCAAAAGACUUCUCAACAGCUUCUACCCCCAAGCCAUAAGACUCCUGAACAGCUAACCAUGGCUACCCGGACUAUUUGCACUGCCCCCCCACCCCAUCCUUUUACGCUGCUGCUACUCUGUUAAUUAUUUAUGCAUAGUCACUUUAACUCUACCCACAUGUACAGUGGGGAAACAAAGUAUUUAGUCAGCCACCAAUUGUGCAAGUUCUCCCACUUAAAAAGAUGAGAGAGGCCUGUAAUUUUCAUCAUAGGUACACGUCAACUAUGACAGACAAAAUGAGAAAAUGUUUUCCAGAAAAUCACAUUGUAGGAUUUUUAAUGAAUUUAUUUGCAAAUUAUGGUGGAAAAUAAGUAUUUGGUCAAUAACAAAAGUUCCUCAAUACUUUGUUAUAUACCCUUUGUUGGCAAUGACACAGGUCAAAACGUUUUCUGUAAGUCUUCACAAGGUUUUCACACACUGUUGCUGGUAUUUUGGCCCAUUCCUCCAUGCAGAUCUCCUCUAGAGCAGUGAUGUUUUGGGGCUGUCGCUGGGCAACACAGACUUUCAACUCUCUCCAAAGAUUUUCUAUGGGGUUGAGAUCUGGAGACUGGCUAGGCCACUCCAGGACCUUGAAAUGCUUCUUACGAAGCCACUCCUUCGUUGCCCGGGCGGUGUGUUUGGGAUCAUUGUCAUGCUGAAAGACCCAGCCACGUUUCAUCUUCAAUGCCCUUGCUGAUGGAAGGAGGUUUUCACUCAAAAUCUCACGAUACAUGGCCCCAUUCAUUCUUUCCUUUACACGGAUCAGUCGUCCUGGUCCCUUUGCAGAAAAACAGCCCCAAAGCAUGAUGUGUCCACCCCCAUGCUUCACAGUAGGUAUGGUGUUCUUUGGAUGCAACUCAGCAUUCUUUGUCCUCCAAACACGACGAGUUGAGUUUUUACCAAAAAGUUCUAUUUUGGUUUCAUCUGACCAUAUGACAUUCUCCCAAUCCUCUUCUGGAUCAUCCAAAUGCACUCUAGCAAACUUCAGAUGGGCCUGGACAUGUACUGGCUUAAGCAGGGGGACACGUCUGGCACUGCAGGAUUUGAGUCCCUGGCGGCGUAGUGUGUUACUGAUGGUAGGCUUUGUUACUUUGGUCCCAGCUCUCUGCAGGUCAUUCACUAGGUCCCUCCGUGUGGUUCUGGGAUUUUUGCUCACCGUUCUUGUGAUCAUUUUGACCCCACAGGGUGAGAUCUUGCGUGGAGCCCCAGAUCGAGGGAGAUUAUCAGUGGUCUUGUAUGUCUUCCAUUUCCUAAUAAUUGCUCCCACAGUUGAUUUCUUCAAACCUAGCUGCUUACCUAUUGCAGAUUCAGUCUUCCCAGCCUGGUGCAGGUCUACAAUUUUGUUUCUGGUGUCCUUUGACAGCUCUUUAGUCUUGGCCAUAGUGGAGUUUGGAGUGUGACUGUUUGAGGUUGUGGACAGGUGUCUUUUAUACUGAUAACAAGUUCAAACAGGUGCCAUUAAUACAGGUAACGAGUGGAGGACAGAGGAGCCUCUUAAAGAAGAAGUUACAGGUCUGUGAGAGCCAGAAAUCUUGCUUGUUUGUAGGUGACCAAAUACUUAUUUUCCACCAUAAUUUGCAAAUAAAUUCAUAAAAAAUCCUACAAUGUGAUUUUCUGGAUUUUUUUUCCUCAAUUUGACUGUCAUAGUUGACGUGUACCUAUGAUGAAAAUUACAGGCCUCUCUCAUCUUUUUAAGUGGGAGAACUUGCACAAUUGGUGGCUGACUAAAUACUUUUUUUCCCCACUGUACAUAUUACUUCAACUACCUCAACUAGCCGGUGCCCCCGCACAUUGACUCUGCACCGGUACCCCCCUGUAUAUAUAGCCUCCCUACUGUUAUUUUAUUUUACUUCUGCUCUUUUUUUCUCAACACUUUUUUUGUUGUUGUUUUAUUUUAAAAAAUUUUGUUAAAAAUAAAUGCACUGUUAGUUAAGGGCUGUAAGUAAGCAUUUCACUGUAAUGUCUGCACCUGUUGUAUUCGGCGCAUGUGGCCAAUAAAAUUUGAUUUGAUUUGAAAUAGUCCGGGUGGCCAUUUUAAUAAUUUUUCAGCAGUCUUAUAGCUUGGGGGUAGAAGCUGUUAAGGAGCCUUUUGGACCUAGACUUGGCGCUCCGAUACCGCUUGCCAUGCGGUAGCAGAGAGAACAGUCUAUGACUUGGGUGACUGGAGUCUUUGACCAUUUCUUGGGCCUUCCUCUGACACGCCUAGUAUAUUGGUCCUGGAUGGCAGGAUGCUUGGCCUCAGUGAUGUAUUGGGCCGUACGCACUACCCUCUGUAGCACCUUACGGUCGGAUGCCAAGCAGUUGCCAUACCAGGCGGUGAUGCAACCGGUCAGGAUGCUCUUGAUGGUGCAGCUGUAGAACUUUUUGACGAUCUGGGGACCCAUGCCAAAUCUUUUCAGUCUCCUGAGGGAGAAAUUGUGUUGUCAUGCCCUCUUCACGACUGUCUUGGUGUGUUUGGACCAUGAUAGUUUGUUGGUGAUGUGGACACCAAGGAACUUGAAACUCUCAACCCGCUCCACUACAGCCCCGUCGAUGUUAAUGGGGGCCUGUUCGUCCUCCUUUUCCUGUAGUCCUUUUCCUGUCUUGCUCACAUUGAGGGAGAGGUUGUUGUCCUGGCAUCCCACUGCCAAGUCUCUGACCUCCUCCCUAUAGGCUGUCUCAUCGUUGUCAGUGAUCAGGCCUACCACUGUUGUGUCAUCAGCAAACUUAAUGAUAGUGUUGGAGUCGUGCUUGGCCACGCAGUCGUGGGUGAACAGGGAGUACAGGAGGGGACUAAGCACGCACCCCUGAGGGGCCCCGGUGUUGAGGAUCAGUGUGGCAGAUGUGUUGUUGCCUACCCUUACCACCUGGGGGCGGCCCGUCAGUAAGUCCAGGAUCCAGUUGCAGAGGAAGGUGUUUAGUCCCAGGGUCCUUAGCUUAGUGAUGAUCUUUGUGGGCAUUAUGGUGUUGAACGCUGAGCUGUAGUCAAUGAACAGCAUUCUCACAUAGGUGUUCCUUUUGUCCAGUUGGGAAAGGGCAGUGUGGAGUGCGAGUGGCGCAGUGGUCUAAGGCACUGCAUCGCAUUGCUAUCUGUGCCACUAGAGAUCCUGGUUCAAAUCCAGGCUCUGUCGUAGCCGGCCGCGACCGGGAGACCCGUGAGGCAGCGCACAAUUGGCCCAGCGUUGUCCAGGGUAGGGGAGGGAAUGUCCGGCAGGAAUGUAGCUCAGUUGGUAGAGCGUGGCGUUUGCAACGCCAGGGUUGUGGGUUCGAAAAAAAUUAAAUAAUAAUAAUAAUAAUGUAUGCACUCACUGACUGUAAGUCGCUUUGGAUAAGAGCGUCUGCUAAAUGACUAAAAUGUAAAAUGUAAAAAAUUAUUGAGAUUGCGUCAUCUGUGGAUCUGCUGGGGCGGUAUGUUAAUUGAAGUGGGUCUAGGGUUUCCGGGAUGAUGGUGUUGAUGUGAGCCAUGACCAGCCUUUCAACACACUUCAUGGCUACCAACUUGAGUGCUACGGGGCGGUAGUCAUUUAGGCAGGUUACCUUCGCGUUCUUGGGCAAAGGGACUAUGAUGGUCUGCUUGAAACAUGUAGGUAUUACAGACUCGGUCAGGGAGAGGUUGAAAAUGUCAGUGAAGACACUUGCCAGUUGGUCCACGCAUGCUCUGAGUACAGACCCUGGUAAUCCGUCUGGCCCCGCGGGCUUGUGAAUGUUGACCUGUUUAAAGGUCUUGCUCACAUCGGCUAUGGAGAGCGUGAUCACACAGUCGUCUGGAACAGCUGGUGCUCUCAUGCAUAUUUAAGUGUUGCUUGCCUCGAAGCGAGCAUAAAAUGCAAUUAUCUCAUCUGGUAGGCUCGCGUCACUAGACAGCUCGUGGCUGGGUUUCCCUUUGUAGUCCGUAAUAGUUUGCAAGCCCUGCCACAUCUGACGGGCGUCAGAGCCGGUGUAGUAGGAUUCAAUCUUAGUCCUGUAUUGACACUUUGCCUGUUUGAUGGUUCGUCUGAAGGCAUAGCAGGAUUGUCCGGAUUAGUGUCCUGCUCCUUGAAAGCGGCAGCUCUAGCCUUUAGCUCGGUGCAGAUGUUGCUUGUAAUCCAUGGCUUCUGGUUGGGAUGUGGAUGUACGAUGCACUUAUUGAUGAAGCCGGUGACUGAGGUGGUGUUCUCCUCAAUGCCAUUGGAUGAAUCACGGAACAUAUUCCAGUCUGUGCUAGUAAAACAGUCCUGUAGCGUAGCAUCCGUGUCAUCUGACCACUUUCGUAUUGAGCGAGUAACUGGUACUUCCUGCUUUAGUUUUUGCUUGUAAGCAGGAAUCAGGAGGAUUGAAUUAUGGUCAGAUUUGCCAAAUGGAGGGCGAGGGAGAGCUUUGUAUGCGUCUCUGUGUGUGGAGUAAAGUUGAUCUAGAGUUUUUUUCCCGCUGGUUGCACAUGCUGGUAGAAAUGAGGUAAAACAGAUUUAAGUUUGCCUGCAUUAAAGUCCCCGGGCACUAGGAGCACCGCUUCUGUUUUGUGGCAUGCAUUGCUUUUACAGACUGCAUAGAGUGGGUUGGAUAAUGAGCUACUGCUGCUAGUUAGAGGUCAAAUAGGGGAUGCUUAUAUUUGUCCUGUUUCACACAUGUACUAGUGUGUAACCUGUACAAGUGUAUGCUGUGAAAUGUGUUUUUUGCAUAUCCCACUCUCCCUGAUACACCCUCAGAGAGUGGGGUCUGGGCCAUUAUUGGCAGUGAACCUGGAGCAAUUAGGGUUAAGUGCCUUGCUUAAGGGCAGAUUGACAGAUUUUUCACCUACUAGCCCGUGUUGGACAGAGGAGACUGUGUCCGUUUACCCGAUUGUACAGUUGGUUUAUGUUUUUUGAGUGAAUUAUUUUUAUCCACAGAACUCGGUGAACAAUGUACCCAGCAUAAAUAUCUCCAAGUCUUUAUUUAUGUUGAAAUGCCAGCAUUAUAAAAAGCACAAGAGACCCAUAACUAUCAAAUUGAUCUUAACAUUGACAAAAACUCAAUUGUUGAACAACAGGUGGGAAAGAGGGUUUGGAAUGUAGAAAUGUCCCAAGCGUAAUAGGAGAAGAAUGCAGGGAACGUAUGUAAAAGGUGGAGUGGUUCUUCAUAUAGGUGAAGGAUGGGAAAGGAAGAAAAUAAAAACUUACUUGAAAGAAACAGAGGAAAGAAAUUAACUUACUUGAAAAGAAACUGAAAAGAAACGGACAAACCUACUGUAUACAUCAAGUUCCAGUCAAGAGAGUUUACAUAGUGCUUCAAUCCACAUGGAUCUGGAUUCUUCUAGCCUGCCCAUAUGACUCUCAGCAUUUUUGGUGAGGACGCUGUCACCAGGUGAAAAUCAUAUUUGAACAUGUCAAUGUGCUGCAUCUUAAAUGGUACCCUAUUUCUUAUAUAGUGCACUAUUUUUGACCAGGGCCCAAGUCUGAACAAGUUGGAACCCUCAUUAAACCCUCAUCUCGUGUCGUUACUGAUUAUCACGAAUAGUAUAGCCAAAGCCUCCAGCGGCCCUGGCAUCGGUACAGUACCCCCGUGCCAAUUUAGUCAGCCAUCUAAUGUGCCCAGAGCAGCUCUGGCGCCUGGCAAGCACUUGAUCUUUCUAAUCUACGCUUAUACCCUGCCCAGUCUGAUUUACUGUACAGAAUUAUAAACGUUUCUGUCCUCAGUGUGGCUCUGGAGCAGCUCGGCUACUGUGCAGUAGAUUCAAAGUAUAGUCACUCCUUAUACUGCUUCUUAAAAAAAUAAAAAUAAACACAGGAAGUAGUCCUAGUUUGUAUUGGGUUAGCCAUCACAAUAAAUAAUUUGAAUAAACUAUAUUUCAGUAAAACAAUAUGUAGAAAAUACUUUUUAAAUAAAAAUAAAAACUAUAUUAUUUUUACAUUUUUUGUAAAAUAUAUUUUUUUAAUGCAAUGUGGGAUCAAGUCCCUUCAAAGCAUGUCAGUUUCAUACAUGACAAAGGGGGUUCGUUGCAGCCUUUAGUUGAUGAUAUGCGGAGUUAUGGGGGGUUGACACAUGCAUCUCUCAGAUGUAGCGAUGUAGCAAGAUAGCUCUCUCAUGCCUUGUUUCAAUUCUGACUGACACAGUCACACACAUGCAGUGCUAGUAUGGGCUCUCAUUGGCAAUGUUCACCGCUGUUUGGACAGAACUUUUGCACGGCAUCUCCCAACAAAUGUUUUGAAAGACUGAUGGCAUGGAACACAACAGAUUCACAACAGAUAGUCUUAGGCUAGAGGCUAAAUGAUUUAUUCAUUUCAAAACACACAGAAGAGAGUGAAGUGCAGAGUAGGCUAAACACAGUAUUAUAACUGGGUGGUUCGAGCCCUGAAUGCUGAUUGGCUGAAAGCCAUGGUAUAUCAGACCGUAUACCACAUGUAUGACAAAACAUUUAUUUUUACCGCUGUAAUUACGUUGGUAACCAGUUUAUAAUAGCAAUAAGGCACCUUGGGUGUUUGUGGUAUAUUGCCAAUAUACCACGGCUAAGGGCUGUAUCCAGGCACUUGUGUCUUACGUAAGAACAGCCCUUAGCCAUGGGAAGAAGGAAACCUGUACAGAAUAAAAAUAUUGUGAAACAACAAGACAGUAAAGUAAUACUGCAAAAAAUGUGGCAAAGCAAUUCACUUUUUGUCCUGUAUACAAAGUGUUGUGUUUGGGGCAAAUCCAAUACAACACAUUACUGAGUACCACUCUCUAUAUUUUCAAGCAUAGUGGUGGCUGCAUCAUGUUUUGGGUAUGCUUGUAAUCGUUAAGGACUGAGUUUUUCCAGGAUAAAAAAGAAACAGAAUGGAGCUAAGCACAGGCAAACCUGGUUUAGUCUGCUUUCCACCAGACACUGGGAGAUUAAUUCACCUUUCCGCAGGACAAUAACCUUUAACACAAGGACAAAUCUGCACUGGAGUUGCUUACCAAGAGGACAGUAAAUAUUCCUGAGUGACCAAGUUAGUUUUGACUUAAAUCUGCUUGAAAAUCUUGGUCAAGAUCUGAAAAUGGUUGUCUAGCAAUGAUCACCAACCAAUUUGAUAGAGCUUGAAGAGUUUUGAAAAGAAUAAUGGGCAAAUGUUGCACAAUCCAGAUGUAGAAACCUCUUAGAGACUUGCCCAGAAAGACUCAAAGCUGUCAUCGUUGCCAAAGGUGAUUUUAGCAUGAAUUGACACAGGGGUUUGAAAACAUAUCUAAUUUAUCUAUUCUCUCUUUUUAAAUGCAAUUUGUACUGCUACAGCAUAAAAUAAAAGCUGAUUCCAAAUUAAACAAACACCCCCACCAAUAAAAUAUACAUCCUUGUGUCUGCACUUGUCAUCCCGGGACAUCCCGUAUCUCACCCCCUUUUUACUUUAGGUGUCCCAACUUUACUUUCUACAAAAAAAGUAUUUUUGUCAGCAAGACGCAUAAAUUAUUUCAGGAUACACCCAAUAACAAUCGACAAAACUUUUUGGUGUUUUGUAACAGAUGUUUCUUUCCAUUCAUCCAAUGGCGCAAGCGCACAGUGUACUGUUUGGAUGCUGGAAUUAUUUUGGAGUGGACAAACAUGCACAGGUAGCCUACCUUUUGAAAUGAUUUGUUUGAAUGUCACGAUAUAAUCGCACUCUGCCUUUGUGGAACCCACAGUAUGUGACAUGCCCUAUCCCAUUCUAAUCGGUGAGGGACGUGUGUGUGCGCGCGUGCAUGUGCACAUGUGUGUGUAUUUGUGUGUGCGUGUGUGCGUUCAUGUGCGUGUGUGUGUCGGGCUUUACUGGGUGCAGGGAGGUGAUGGUACAGUGGUAGAGGUACAGUGGUCAACAUGGUACAGAUAAGAAUAGGGUCAGCCUAAGGGUUAAGCCUAUAGGCUAAUUAAACUGGCUAUUUGACUCAAGGCUUGGCAUUGCCAGUCUGUUUGCCCUUCUCUAUAGGAUUGGGUGCUUGGGAGUGAUUGUGUGUGUGUGUGCAUGUACAUUUGAGAGUGUGUGUAUUUUACAAGUGUGUGUGUGUGACUGAACAUCCCCCAGCCUCCUCCACCUCUCUAUUUGGUGGUCUUGGGGUCUGGUUCCCUGUCUUCCCCUGUAAUGAAUAGGGAUCUCUGCUGUAAUGAUCUGUGGCAGAGGGCCUUAAUUAAAUCAAGCCACAUGGGAUGCCCAGUAGCCUUUUCCAUGGCUUGGCAGUUGGCCAAACGAGCAUAUGGUUAUCUCUGCCAUAUCUCCUUCAGUCCACAUACAUGAACACACCUCCUUGCAGUACCAGGUAGACUAGAUCAGAACUCCCUCUCUUUUCAAACAAUUGUUAAUGUUUAUUUACCGAAAACAUUUUGUAGCCGUGAUUUAAAAGAGUAGCAGGCCCCAGUGUGUGGUGUAAAAUACACAAUGUAAGUGGUUCAAAGUUCGUUUUGAAAGCAAGAGACUGUGACAGUGGCUGUGAGAGGGUUUGAUGAUGCACUUAUAGAUUACAGAAUGAGCCAGCUGCUUGUGUUCUGUUCUGUUCUAGUGGGCUAUUCUCUCUCUGUUCUGUUCUGUUCUAGUGGGUUAUUCUCUCUCUGUGCUGUUCUAGUGGGCUAUUCUCUCUCUGUGCUGUUCUAGUGGGCUAUUCUCUCUCUGUUCUGUUCUAGUGGGCUAUUCUCUCUCUGUGCUGUUCUAGUGGGCUAUUCUCUCUCUGUGCUGUUCUGUUCUAGUGGGUUAUUCUCUCUGUGUGCUGUGCUGUGCUGUUCUAGUGGGCUAUUCUCUCUCUGUGCUGUUCUAGUGGGCUAUUCUCUCUCUGUGCUGUUCUAGUGGGCUAUUCUCUCUCUGUUCUGUUCUAGUGGGCUAUUCUCUCUCUGUGCUGUUCUAGUGGGCUAUUCUCUCUCUGUUCUGUUCUAGUGGGCUAUUCUCUCUCUGUGCUGUUCUAGUGGGCUAUUCUCUCUCUGUUCUGUUCUAGUGGGCUAUUCUCUCUCUGUGCUGUUCUAGUGGGCUAUUCUCUCUCUGUGCUGUUCUGUUCUAGUGGGUUAUUCUCUCUGUGUGCUGUGCUGUGCUGUUCUAGUGGGCUAUUCUCUCUCUGUGCUGUUCUAGUGGGCUAUUCUCUCUCUGUGCUGUUCUAGUGGGCUAUUCUCUCUCUGUGCUGUUCUAGUGGGCUAUUCUCUCUCUGUUCUGUUCUAGUGGGCUAUUCUCUCUCUGUGCUGUUCUAGUGGGCUAUUCUCUCUCUGUGCUGUUCUGUUCUAGUGGGUUAUUCUCUCUGUGUGCUGUGCUGUGCUGUUCUAGUGGGCUAUUCUCUCUCUGUGCUGUUCUAGUGGGCUAUUCUCUCUCUGUGCUGUUCUAGUGGGCUAUUCUCUCUGUGCUGUUCUAGUGGGCUAUUCUCUCUCUGUGCUGUUCUAGUGGGCUAUUCUCUCUCUGUGCUGUUCUAGUGGGCUAUUCUCUCUCUGUGCUGUUCUAGUGGGCUAUUCUCUCUCUGUGCUGUUCUAGUGGGCUAUUCUCUCUCUGUGCUGUGCUGUUCUGGUGGGCUCCUAUUCGGACGUGUUAACAGCAGUAGCGGCCCUGCUGCACUCAGCUGUUGAACUCCCCCCACCAAGAACCCCUCCACCUCUCUUCUACCCCCUGUGA